GGCAGGCGGGGGCGGCGGCGGCGGCGGCAGCGGCGGAGCGAGGGGCUGCGGCAGAGGCCUUGAUGGCGGGCGGCGGUGAGGGCUGGGGGCCAGGAGCCGAGGCCGAGGCCUGGGCAAGGGCCAGCCGCCGGGAGCCCUAAGGUGCCGCCCGCCCCGACUCCACCAUGAACGUUGCGCUGCAGGAGCUGGGCGGUGGCGGCAACAUGGUGGAGUACAAACGGACCACGCUGCGGGAGGAAGACGCACCUGAGACCCCCGUAGAGGGCGGGGCCUCCCCGGACGCUGUGGAGGUGGGAUUCCAGAAGAGGACAAGAGACCUCUUGGGCUCUCACACCCAACUGGAGCUGGUCUUAGCAGCUGUCUCUCUACUGCUGGGUGCACUGCUUCUGGGCUGCUUCGUGGCCCUGGGGGUCCAGUACCACAGAGACCCAUCCCACAGCACCUGCCUCACAGAGGCUUGCAUUCGAGUGGCUGGAAAAAUCCUGGAGUCUCUGGACCGUAGUGUGAGUCCCUGUGAGGACUUUUACCAGUUUUCCUGUGGAGGCUGGAUUCAGAGAAAUCCCCUGCCCGAUGGGCGUUCUCGCUGGAACACCUUCAACAGCCUCUGGGACCAGAACCAGGCCAUACUGAAACACCUGCUUGAAAACACCACCUUCAACUCAAGCAGCGAAGCGGAGCGGAAGACACAGCGCUUCUACCUAUCCUGUCUGCAGGUGGAGCGCAUUGAGGAGCUGGGAGCCCAGCCGCUGCGAGACCUCAUCGACAAGAUUGGUGGUUGGAACAUCACGGGGUCCUGGGAGCAGGAUAACUUCAUGCAAGUGCUGAAGGCAGUAGCAGGGACCUACAGAGCCACCCCCUUCUUCACUGUCUAUGUCAGUGCCGACUCCAAGAGUUCUAACAGCAAUGUUAUCCAGGUGGACCAGUCUGGGCUCUUUCUCCCCUCUCGAGAUUACUACCUAAACAGGACAGCCAAUGAGAAAGUGCUUACUGCCUACCUGGACUACAUGGAGGAGCUGGGGAUGCUGCUGGGUGGACGGCCAGCCUCUACACGGGAGCAGAUGCGACAGGUGCUGGAGCUGGAGAUUCAACUGGCCAACAUCACAGUACCCCAGGACCAGCGGCGGGAUGAGGAGAAGAUCUAUCAUAAGAUGAGCAUUGCGGAGCUGCAGGCCCUGGCACCCUCCAUGGACUGGCUGGAGUUUCUAUCUUUCUUGCUGUCACCGCUGGAGCUGGGUGACUCUGAGCCCGUGGUGGUGUAUGGAAAGGAUUAUUUGCAGCAGGUGUCAGAGCUCAUCAACCACACAGAGCCAAGUGUCCUGAACAAUUACCUGAUUUGGAACCUGGUGCAGAAGACAACCUCGAGCCUGGACCACCGCUUUGAGUCUGCACAAGAGAAGCUGCUGGAGACCCUCUAUGGCACCAAGAAGUCCUGCACGCCAAGGUGGCAGACCUGUAUCUCCAACACGGAUGACGCACUUGGCUUCGCUUUGGGCUCCCUCUUUGUGAAGGCCACGUUUGACCGGCAAAGCAAGGAAAUUGCUGAGGGGAUGAUCAGCGAGAUCCGGAGUGCCUUCGAGGAGGCCCUGGGGCAGCUGGUUUGGAUGGAUGAGAAAACCCGCCGGGCAGCCAAGGAGAAAGCAGAUGCCAUCUAUGAUAUGAUUGGUUUCCCGGACUUCAUCCUGGAGCCCAAAGAGCUGGAUGAUGUUUAUGACGGGUAUGAAGUCUCUGAAGAUUCCUUUUUCCAGAACAUGUUGAAUUUGUACAAUUUCUCUGCUAAGGUGAUGGCUGACCAGCUCCGCAAGCCUCCCAGCCGGGACCAGUGGAGCAUGACGCCCCAGACGGUGAAUGCCUACUACCUUCCAACCAAGAAUGAGAUCGUCUUCCCCGCUGGCAUCCUGCAGGCCCCCUUCUACACCCGGAACCACCCCAAGGCCCUGAACUUUGGUGGCAUCGGCGUGGUGAUGGGCCAUGAGUUGACACAUGCCUUUGAUGACCAAGGGCGCGAAUAUGACAAGGAAGGGAACCUGCGGCCCUGGUGGCAGAAUGAGUCACUGGCAGCCUUCCGGAAUCACACGGCCUGCAUGGAGGAGCAGUACAGCCAGUACCAGGUCAAUGGGGAGAGGCUCAACGGCCGCCAGACGCUGGGGGAGAACAUCGCUGACAACGGGGGACUUAAGGCUGCCUAUAACGCUUACAAAGCGUGGCUGAGAAAGCACGGGGAGGAGCAGCAGUUGCCGGCUGUGGGGCUCACCAAUCACCAGCUCUUCUUUGUGGGAUUUGCCCAGGUGUGGUGCUCAGUCCGCACACCCGAGAGCUCUCACGAGGGGCUGGUGACCGACCCCCACAGCCCUGCUCGCUUCCGCGUGCUGGGUACUCUCUCCAACUCCCGUGACUUCCUGUGGCACUUCGGCUGCCCUGUCGGCUCUCCCAUGAACCCAGGGCAGCUGUGUGAGGUGUGGUAGACGUGGGACUGGGGAGAAUUGGCUGGCUGUUGCCAGGGCCUGGGGCAGCUCGCCGGGCAAGGAUGUUCGCUCCAGGUUUAGAGAGGUCAAAUGCCAGCUCCUCACCACAGGUGACGUGAGUCCCGGUCCUCCCUCAAACACCACAUUGUGCCUCUGCUUUGGGGGUACCCCUGCCUCCAGCGGAGCCCCCACCAUUCACUGUGACAUCCUUCCAUGUCACCCUGCCUGGAAGAGGCCUGGGUGGGGGGCACCAGUUCCCGCAGGAAGGAGUCUGCCUCUUCUGGUCCUAAGAUCACUUGACUUGGUGGCCUUGGGACCUGCUGUGCCUGCUGUACUCUGACCACACAGGGUCUGGGGUGGUGUGCCUCCCAUGCUUCUCCCAGAGGCUCACUCAGUGUCCACUUGGGAGUGGAUUCAGCUCCUUUCAGCUCCCCCUCAGGGGCUGUCCCCCACCCCAUGUUCCUCAUGCUGCUGCUCCCAAUACUCCUGCCAACCCUCAUUGACAGACCAACUGUACUCAGCUCUUAGUGGAAGCCUGAGGGCCUUUACAAGCCCUCCUGCUGCAUCCUGGUUUCCCUGGGCUCAGGGGAAGUAUGUGUGGUGUGUAUGUAUAGGGGAUGCUGGUUCCUGUGUCUUGGGGCACAAGUCUUAGGGGAUGACUAUCUUCCCUGGCCCAAGCAGAAAAGCAGAUAGAACAGGGAGAGAGAAAGAUAGAGUUUAUUUUUACAGGGGAGAGGGUGGGGAGGGAGGGGUCUUGGCCCUGUAGGACCCUGUGCAAAUAAAUAGACAGACAUCAGUCAGCCUGUCUCUUCCUUCAGUCCUGUUUUCAUUUAUUCAUUUACUCAUUCCACCAACAUUUAUCAAGCACCUUCUAUAUGCUAGGCACUCUUCUAGACACUCAUUUACUCAGUCGCCAGACACAGGGGACGGAAAUAUGAAGCCCCAAGAAGACAGAGAAAGAGAGUCAGGAUGAAAGAAUGGAAUGAAGUUGAGUUUGGCCGGGUGGAGUACUUUCUCUGGUGGUCAUAUCUUCAUCACUGGAAGGAUUUGCCACUGCCCUCCACUGGUGCAUGCAGCCAGGCCUAACACUGAAUCUGGGUAACUACUGGGCCAAGGUCAGCUUGGAAGAUGGGUGGCCCUUACCCUACAGUGGAGGAAAGCCCUGGCCAAGGUAGCAUGCCAUUCCCUGGAGCUCAGAACACUGUCUCUGCUUAUGGCCGAGAAGACAUGCAUUUCUCCAUAGCCUCAGUACUCCUGAGAGUCACUUACCCACCACACACCCCCAUCAAGGCCUACCAAGAGUUAGGCAGAGACUGUGGGUCUGGCUGCCACCCUCCUGAGCAAGGGAGGGGAAAAGGAGCAUUUAUUGAAUACCUCUUGUGUUCCAGGCACCUCUGCUAAGUGCCUCAUUUUUUAUUCAUUCAUUUAUUAAUUUAUGCAUUCAUGGGUUUAUUAUUUUUUUAAAGCACAUUUAUUACCCACGGUGUGCCAGGCAUGGGCGACGCAAAGAUGAAUAAGAUGGUUCCUUCCCUCAGGAGGGAUGGUUGUUCUACUGGUGGUUUCACCUUCAUGAGCUCAUCUGAUCCCCAUAGCAACCAUAUUUUAUAAGUGCUCCAGUUUCCAUUUUACAGAUCUAACCCUCAGUACUUCACUACCGUUAAAGAGGCCUGGAUUGAAAUUGAAGCUUGGAAAGCUGUAGGAGCUUGAGCUUGUUCCCUCUAACCUCCACGAGCCCCAGUUUCUUUGUCUGAAAAAUGAGAACCAGAGCAAGACAGUGGAAAGAAUCAUCACAGUUGCCUUUAAAACUCAGUGCUCUCCAAAGUCUAAACAGAGGUGUGUCUGUUGAGUUUGGAAGGGUAAGUGAAGCUCUGGCAGUGAUUACUGCUGAGGCCCUGAUCCCUGGGUAUUGGCACAUGUGCCUCACAGUCUGUGUCCUGUCCCCAUAAAGAGCUGUAUGUGGGCCCCUGUCAUGUUACUUGGAGGUGCUGCCUGCUCAGAAAGGAAGACGGUGGCCUCAGGAUCUCUAAGACCAAGGGAAAACAUGGCUGAGUCUCUGAAAGCAGGACUCUGGGAGAGACAGCAAAGUGUAUUGGAGAGAAGAGGGCCAUCAUGCCUGGAGACCUGGUUCUGGUUCCAACUCUGCCACUUCUUAGCUGUGUGACACUAGGCAUGGCUCAUGCCUGCUUCAGGGCUCAGUUUCCUUAGCAGUCUGUAAAACAAGUGGGUUGGAUGAGAUGAUCUGUGGGGACCAGUUCAGUAUUAGUGUUUUAAGCAGCGAAUUCAUGGGCUUAGCAAAUAUUCAGAAAUAUUAGGAAGUAACAUGUGAAGUUUGGAUGUUGCACAGAGAAUGAGAUCUAUAAUGUCAGAGAUCAUAAUGGGUGAGGAGAGAGGGUUGGCAGCUCUUCCCUUUACAUCUGAUUUCAGAAGCCAGUUUAGGAUGCUGACUAGUGGGCCACUGUGGCAGUGAAGCUCCAUAUGUGCAAAAAGGCCAAAGGUCAGCUUUCAUUUACUAAGUCCCUAUUUUGCUAAGCUGGUUCUAAGUACUUUAAAAUCAUCUCAUUAAAUUCCCACAACAACUUAUAAGAAGGUUCUGUAAUUGUCUCUAUUUUACAAGUGGAGAAACUAAGGAAAAAAUUAGGUAAUUUCCAACGUCAGAUAAGACAGAUUGCAUUAAAGUCAGACUCGGAGCUCAGAUGCUCUUAAUCACCACCAUUUAGUCUUCUAGGUCGUGACUGAGUUUAGACUCAUGCGUAAACAUCUGUCUUCUGGUCAAUGUCACUGCACUUCUGUGUCAGACCAUCACCAGCAGGUGCAUUUCCAUGCCAUCUAGCUACCCUGGGCCAGGCAUAUGAGACAACCAGGCAGCUGCAGGGAACCUAAACACAUGUUG